AUGACUCCAACGUUAUCACCUCUCAUCUCGGAGCUGAUUAAUAAAAAGAAAUGCUAUACUGUAGAGACACAAACCGAUGACGACUGCCUUAGAUCUAAAGAUCAACUUCUGGCUAGAAUAUCCGAAUUAACUGACAGACAGUCUAGCUUGAUCUCGUAUAUCCAGGAAUUAACAAGGCUCCUGGAGAUAGCAGAAGAUACACCUAAUAAAAGUACAGCUAAAUCAGUAACGUCAGAACCAAGAGAUAUAGCCACUUCGCAGCCUAUAAAUGAGUCUCUUCCUGCCCUACGAGAAAUACCCAAAUUAUCCAACCGGGUCACUAACAGCAUGAUGUCUUCGACGCCUGCCUCAGCUCCUAUGAGGAUGGACAAUGGAACAACUCUUCCUUCUCCACCAGUAUCCAUGCAACAGUAUGACACCUACUCUAAUGCCCUCAAGACCACCUGCAACAGUAGUCAUGCGGCUGCGACGGAGCCAAAACACAGUGGUACGCACCCUGUUACUAUGCACACAUUAUCACAAUCACCUGCCACCCCUCGCCCAGUAUCUUCCUGCUUCUCAAUGACUCCAACGUUAUCACCUCUCAUCUCGGAGCUGAUUAAUAAAAAGAAAUGCUAUACUGUAGAGACACCAACCGAUGACGACUGCCUUAGAUCUAAAGAUCAACUUCUGGCUAGAAUAUCCGAAUUAACUGACAGACAGUCUAGCUUGAUCUCGUAUAUCCAGAAAUUAACAAGGCUCCUGGAGAUAGCAGAAGAUACACCCAAUAAAAGUACAGCUAAAUCAGUAACGUCAGAACCAAGAGAUAUAGCCACUUCGCAGCCUAUAAAUGAGUCUCUUCCUGUCCUACGAGAAAUACCCAAAUUAUCCAACCGGGUCACUAACAGCAUGAUGUCUUCGACGCCUGCCUCAGCUCCUAUGAGGAUGGACAAUGGAACAACUCUUCCUUCUCCACCAGUAUCCAUGCAACAGUAUGACACCUACUCUAAUGCCCUCAAGACCAUCUGCAACAGUAGUCAUGCGGCUGCGACGGAGCCGUCUGCAAUUUCAACUGCAAGUGAUGUUUCUGAAAAGAACUUUGAAAAUCAGCGCAUUCACAUACUCAAUGCGUAG